AUGGAGAUCCCACUCACUGAUAUACUAUCGAAUACCAACAAUUUUGCUAAAACACACCUUAUUAGGUCAGGCGCCAAUGGAGAGCUGUACAAAGCAGAACUUGACCAUUUUGAUAGCAAAAAGUUCUUGUCGUUUGAAAAGAAGAAUGAAGGCGAACUUCCCAAAAAACGCAGCAUUGUAGCUAUAAAACGCAUUUUGAAUAAAGAAGGAGAAAAAAGGUUCCAUGCAGAAAUUGAAAUGCUUAGUAAUUGUAAGCAUCCCAAUAUAGUCUCUCUUCUUGGCUUCUGUGAGGAAGAUGGUCAUAUGAUACUUGUCUAUGAGCAUGCUUCUAAUGGAAGCCUUGAUGAUUAUUUGGGAAGCACCUGUAACUUGACUAAUCUUACUUGGGUGCAACGUAUAAAGAUCUGCAUCGAUGUAGCACGCGGAUUGAAUUACCUUCACCAGAAGGUAGAUGUUGAACUGAGGAUGAUACUCUUUUAUAUAAAAAGCGGUAACAUUCUGUUAGGUGAGAAUUGGGAGGCGAAGAUAGCUGGUUUUGGGCUCUCCAAAAUCCACCCUGAGGAUCAACAAUUGAAUGCUCUUUAUACAAAAGAGAUUGCAGGCAUACACGUAUAUUUGGAAAAUGAAACAAAUAUUUACUCAUUUGGCGUCGUAUUAUUUGAGGUCCUUUCUGGGAGGCUUGCCAAUGAUCCAAUUUACACAAUCGAAAAUAGUCAAGGGAUUGGCCCCAUUGCACGACGACGCUUUAAUGAGGCAACGGUAAAGGACAUGAUAGAUCCUAGAUUAAUGGAAGAAAUUCAUGGAAAUUUUACAACUCUAAACAGAGGAACAAAUGAAGAUUCUAUGGAUGCAUUUUUAAAAAUUGCAUAUCAAUGUCUGACAGAAACUCCAACCCAUCGUCUAACACCAGAAGUCAUCGUCCGGAAACUUGAGGAAGCAUUAUAUAUUCAAGAAAACAUCAAGGACCACCUCAAAUUUUCAUUUGAGGACAUAAAAGAAGCACGACCAACAACAGGCGAGGUGCUACUACAACUUAAGCAAGCACUAGAAUCCCAAGAGGAUUAUGAAAUAUGGGAGCCCAGAUUGCCUAAUGACUAUAAAGAAAUAAUCGAGAUGUCAAACUCUCGAGAGAUCUACUUAACUGAAAAGAAAAAGGCUCUCUACGACAUUCUCUCCAACGGAAUCCUCCUUCAAGAAGGCAAAACGUUGCUUACACUAUGCGAUAAUGGAGAAAGAAAUGAAAUGAUAUCAGCCAAAACGUUUUCCUACAUAAACCCUUCUCUACAUAGAUGGUGUUCCAUUCCAGAAUCAAGGUUUCAGGUAGUAGCUGAGAUGUUAGACAUAUUGAAUCUGAAGAUCAAAAUCAACACAAGAAUGCAAUUUUUAUCACCAAAUGUCAUUUAUGGGGUUUAUUUAGUCUUCAAAUUUUGUGAUCCGAGAAAAAUUUCAAGUAAACCUUUAUUUUCAGAGGUGAUUGAGCUUUUACCACAACAAGUCUUUCGCAUCAAUUGCAAGAUUGAAAAUCAAAUGUUGUCACGAGAUAUAGAAUAUGUGUGUUACCUUGUGUUCAAGAUCUCGAAAAAAUGUCACGGGUUGCAUUGUCCGGUAAAAGUACGAGAUCUACUCCACUGGUCUGAUGAAGAGGCUGAAAUUCUUUACUUUAGAACCCCAAGACCAUGGAAUUUACAUGAUACUAAUCAAGCUCCAAAACAAAGAGCAGAUGGAUGGAUGGAGGUUAAGGCGUGGAAAUUAAACUUAAAUCAUGAAUUCAAAGAUGAUCAUUUUCAUGUGAAUUUGAGAUUGAUUAGUUAUGAAGGAACUAUGUCCGGCCUUAUUGUAUGUGGCCUUGAGUUUCGGCCCAUGUAAGAGUGAG